ACAGUUUUAAAGAGAGAGACCCUUCGGGCCCCUGUGGAUUCAGGAAUGUCUUCCAAGCCCAACGGGAGUCCGCCUCCCUAUGAGUCAGAUGGAUAUCAUGAGCCACCCCAGCCGGCGUAUUCCUACUACCCCGACGAUGAGUUCCAGCACUUCUACAAAUGGACGUCUCCCCCGGGCAUCAUCAAGCUGAUGUCCAUCAUCGUCAUCGUCCUCUGUGUGGCCAUAUUCGCCUGUGUGGCCUCUACGCUGGCCUGGGACAGCCAGGGGGCCAUGUCUGGCUUCGGUGGUUACGGGGGCAGCUCGUACGGGGGCAGCUCGUACGGAGGCGGUGGUUACUCGGGUAGCUUCGGUGGUGCUGCCUAUGGCGCCGGUAACAACUAUGGCUACGGCGGACUCGGAGGGAACUACAAUGACCCUCGCACGGGCAAAGGAUUCAUCAUUGCCAUGGCAGCAUUCAGCUUCAUCACGGCCCUUGUCAUUUUCAUUAUCGUGGUGUCGAGGCAGGGCCUGUCGGAGUCUAGAAGGUUCUACCUAGCUGUGGUGAUCAUCUGUGCUAUCCUGGCUCUGCUGAUGCUCAUAGCGACUAUAGUGUACCUGGUGGCGGUGAACCCCAUGGCUCAAUCUACAGGGUCGAUCUAUGGGAGCCAGCUGGCAGGCCUGUGUGCCCAGUACCAGGGCCCCCAGGUUUCAGGAAUGUUGGUCAACCAGUAUCUCUACCAUUACUGUGUGGUGGAGCCUCAGGAGGCCAUAGCGAUAGUGUUUGGCUUCCUGGUGAUGGCGGCUCUGAUCAUCAUGAUGGUGUUUGCCUUAAAGACGCGCCAGAAGAUCAGGAACUAUGGCAAGUCCAACGUCCUGUGGAGGAAGGUGAAGAUCAUCAACGAGGAGGCCCCGCCCCAGGACGUGGAGGCAUGGGUGAACAAUGUGUCAGGUUUUCCUGAUGAAGGUAUGGUGCUGACCGACUACCCAGAGAAGUUUGGAGGAUCCAGGAGUCACCUGGACGACACCAGCACCAACUACGACAAACCUCCCUACAAUGACAGCCCAGCUCCUCCAGUAGUUUGUGACUUCCCUGUGCACAGUAGCGCCCCCUACAGCAGUGGCUCAGAGAUGGCCAGCUCAGCAGCAGGGAAGCCCAAAAAGAGACGGGCCGGUCGUCCUCGCCGUACUGACGGACAGGAUACAGACUACGCUUCCUCUGGGGACGAGCUGGACGACGACAAUGACUUCGACAGUGAGUUCCCCACCAUUGCCAAUGAGCAGGAACGUGUGGACUACAAGCGUGAGUUUGACCGGGAUCACCAGGAGUACAAGGACCUGCAGGGAGAGCUGGACAUCAUCAACAAGAGCCUGUCAGAGGUGGACAGAGAGCUGGAUGAGCUGCAGGAGGGAAGCCCCCAGUUCCUGGAUGCUAUGGAAAAGUACAACAGGCUAAAGGACAUAAAGAAGUCAGCAGAUUACCAGUUGAAGAAGCGCAGGUGUAAAUACCUGAAGGCCAAACUGUCCCACAUCAAGAGGAUGGUCGCUGACUACGAUCGCAGGGCCUGAACUUCCUGUCACCUGACGUCAGCCAGGAUACUUCUUCCGGUUCAGAGUUGAUGCCAGAUGUAACACUGGGGGUUUGAGUCAGAUUCUACUUAUUUCUUUGGCUCUGCUCUAGUAACACUAGCAUAUCACUUAGAAUUAAGCAAUGUAUUGAGCAUUUAUUAUAAGUGGUAUGCUUGUGUAGAUAUAAGAACGUAACCUUUGUAAUUUAGGUUUGUGGUUGCAGUAUACUAAGCAUCUUCACUGAGAAGUGUCUGCCCAAGGAUCUCCACUGUGAUUGGAUGGAUGUGCUAGGGAUCAGCCAAUCCACAGUAUACUACAAAGCUGUUAAACAUGAAGUAUCUCGCACAUACUUCCCGAGACAAUGGCUGUAGAAAUAUGUGUGGGUUUUGUGACUUUUUAAAAAAAUGGGUCAUUUGAAUGUGCAGAAAUAAUAUAUUUAUAUGACUGCAUUAAGUUUAGUGUUCAAAGGCUUGUGUUCAUUCUUGUUUCGUAUAAUGAAUGGUACUUAGAGUGCAGUUUAUCCUCACUCUGUUGUCUGUUGGUAGCCAUUUUAAGGGAUGAGACAAAAUGACAACCUCAAACUGUGAUGUUGUGAGAUGGAUUUCACUCUGAUACAUUAGACAUUUUUUACAGCUUCCUCUUUUAGAUGAGAUGUUAACUUUUUAUUCUUUCACUUUCUAUUUUCUCAACCUCAUUGUCAGGUUUUGAUACUUAUACUUAUGAAAGGUUUGCCAUUUGUAAAUAUGUGAAUAUACUUGUCUCUUUAUGUACUAAUGCUUUGUCCCCUCCUGUAAUUUUUUUGUCAGUUGCUAAAGACUUUGAAACUGUUGUAAAUCAUUAUGCAUUUGUUUCAUGUUCUGUUUUACUUUUUUGACCUAAAUGUAAUAUAUUCAAGGUCACUUUAUUAAAACUGAAAAUUCAAUAAAGAUUUGCGUAACAGUUGAAAUCAACCCAAUCAAUUUUUUUCUAUAUGGUCUCUUAAAGACAUUCUCAGGUUUUUCAAUGUGUGAAUAUACUGUUAUAUACUUAGUUAUAUUGAUGUAAUAUGGUCUGCGGUCUUUUGUCAGUUGCUAAAG